AUGUCGGCAGAGCAAAUUGCUCUCAUGUUCGACCACUUGAGAGAUCAAGUGGUCUUGGCUCUGAAGGCCAAAGAGGAAGAUGCAUUGAUGAUCGCGGACCUCCAGCAGCAGCUGGGCACCCAAACCGAGAAAGUGAAAAUCCUGGAGGCGCAGCUCCAGGAGCUCAAGCAGGUGGUGCUGGGCCUCAUGCAGGAGGAGGUGGAGGAGGAGGGAGAGGAGGAAUCCGAGUCGACAGGCACUCCGCCUGCUCCAACGGCGGAGGAGUUGGAGGAGCAGACCGACUCAGACGCAGAGCACCUUCCCCCGCCAUCCCCUUCCCAGAUCGCGAAGAUCCUCCUGCAGCAGGUCUUUAUCCGCUUAGCGGGAAAAGACGAGACGGCGGAUACGGUGCAGAAAUCGCAGUCGGAUGAUGUCAGCAUGUGGGAGGCAGGUCCUGGUGUGGAGGUGGAGGAGCAGCAGACCACAACGCAGUCCGCUGAUGCAAGGAUUUUGCAGGCAGGCCCUGCUGCGGAGGUGGAGGAGCAGCACACGACCCGUUGGGUCUGUGUCCGCAGGAGCGGAAUGGACAUCCGUUCGGGACCGUACGUCCAGCGUACGGAUGUUGCAGGCUACUUGCCUGCGCAGAAGGUGUUCCAUGUCUCAGAGGAGAGACGAGGCCUUCACAGCACCAUCUUCUUGAAGCUGGCUGAUGGCACGGGCUGGGUGUUCUCCGAAACCCGCUCCGGCACCUUCUGCAAGCCUGCCGAUGCACAGCACGCCGAGAUGGAGUGGUACAGCCAAGCCUGGACCUGCCAGGACAAGGAUAAUCGCGGAUGGAAAGACCAUUAUGGGAAUUCUUGGAGCGGGAGCUCCGACUACGACAACAAAGGAUGGUGGACGGCAGACAAAGAUGAUUUGGACAGACCGAACAACGGAGGUUGGGACAAUCGUGAGAAGCGGUCUUGGAGUGGGAGCUCCGACUCCAAAACAAGCGGAUGGUGGAUGGGAAAGGAGCAAGGAGGGUGGAAGAGUAGUGAUCCCUGGGCACAGUGGCAGAAGAACCAGUACUCAGGACUGGCCGGAGUGGUGAUGGCGCGCUACUGCCCUUCGUGCAUGUCAUGCACAGAGAAUUUGACAUGCUCCUCGGUCAGGCCAAUGCGCCAAGUUGAGUACCCCAUCACAGAUUGCACCGUGCAAAGAACUUGUUUCUGA